AUGAGUAGAAAUGAUCAGCUGCCUGAUUUAUUUGGUAAUCCGCCACCUAGCGUUCGUGCUCAGUCCGAGGCAGCUCAACGCAACAGGGAUCCGUCUAGGCGAAGGCUAUGGAAAUCUAUUCCAUUUGACCAAAAAGAACAUAAUUUUCCGCCACGGGAACAACAAACGAUUAGAACGCCUCUCGAAUACUUCGAGGACUAUUUUGACGAUGCAUUUUAUGAUGAUGAGAAAGCUGCUUACUGCACGAAUAAUUACUACUUGAGGCAAACUGGAAGGGUUCUUCAUACUAAUCCUGUAGAAAUGAAGAAGUUCAUUGGUGUGCAUUUUGUAAUGGGGUGCAUAACUUAUCUACGACUUCAUAUGUACUGGAGGCAAGAAAUGAGACUGACAUUAGUAGCUGAUAUCAUUCCAAGAGACCGACUGAAGCAGUUGCGCACAAAUUUUUAUGUGGUGGAAGAGGAUAUCGCCCCAGUUGGUAAAAAGAACAGUCUAUGGAAAGUACAACCGGUAUUAAAUCAGGUAAAUAAUGCCUGUGAGAAAAUAGAAAGGCUACCGGGUUCUAUAGACGAAUAA